AUGCUGAUGGAAACUGAUUUUGCCCAUGGGACCAGUAUAGAACAAAGAGGUAAACGAGCUGGACGGCCUAGAGCAAGGAUCAAAGAUACCAAUCAAGGUGUUCAUUUGGAUAAUUUAACAAAGAUUAAAAUUGACCAGAUUUCAAACUUGAAUGAACUGAGAAGAAACAAUUUGACUCUUUCAACAGUUAAUUCUAGGUCACUUCGGAAUAAAUCGGCUGAAUUAUUGCAGCAUAUCUAUGAAGAACAAAUUGAUUUUUGUGUCAUCACUGAGACAUGGUUGCAGCCCGAGGGCGAUGAUAAGACUAGAGGAGAACUUAAGCAAGAUGGGUACAACCUGGAUGAUGUUCCUAGGUCAGAGAGAAAAGGAGGAGGGUUGGCCUUACUGUACAGAGAUAACCUCAAAUGUUCAAGACUUUCCAAUGAUCAAUUUCAAUCAUUUGAAUGUGCAGAAUGGGAAAUUAAGUGCAAAAUAUUUACAUUGAAAAUUGUUGGUAUAUACAGACCUCCCUACUCAAAGUCACAUCCUGUAACUCAAGCUACAUUUCUGAAUGAAUUUCCAGAACUACUCGACAGAGUCUUACUUAAGCCUGAACCAGUGGUUAUCUUGGGAGAUUUCAAUUUGCAUUUGGACAAUGACGAUGAUUGUUACGCAAAGCGUUUUGCUGAAUGUCUGCAAUCAUAUGGUCUAGAGCAGCAUGUCAAAACACCUACACACACAAGUGGUCAUGUUUUGGACUCAAUAAUAACCAGAAAAGCAGAUAGGCUGAAUGUUUCAAAGCCAGUUACAGACUAUUUUAUCUCUGAUCACUCUUUUACAACAUGUCAUAUAGAACAAAGCCGUCCACCUCUGAUCAGAAAAACAGUGAUUUCAAGAAACUGGAAAAAUGUAUGCACUAGUGAUAUGAGAAAAGACCUCUCAGAACUUAAGUCUGUCAUUGAUCAGUCUGAUGACACAAAUACGUUAGUGAAAGAUUUGACUGAGAAAACCACUAGCAUUGUUGACAAGCAUGCUCCCAUGAAGGAAAGGCAAAUUGUUUGUAGACCAGAUAUCCCCUGGUAUUCAAGUUACUUGAAGAAAUUAAAACACUUCAAAAGAAGUAUAGAAAAGAUACAUUUGAAACACAAAUCCACCUUGACUGAAAAUGUUUACAAGAAAGUAAAGAAUCAUUAUACUAGAGAAGUUUCAGCUGCAAAAUCAGGCUUUUAUCAGUCAAAGAUAAAUGAUGCAGAAGGAAAUGUGAAAAAACUGUAUAACGUCACCUCUAAACUCCUUGGCAGAGAAAAAGAAAAUCCUCUUCCUUCAUAUUCCAAUGAUCAAGAUCUUGCUAAUGACUUUCUGCAAUAUUUCACAGACAAAAUUAAAAAUCUAAGAGAUCAGCUUGACAAUACACAUGUUGAUACUGGACAUCAAAAUAAUAAUGUUGGAAAACAGUCUUGUUAG